AUGCCAAGAGAUAAUGGCGAUGGAGAUGGUGAUAGCAAGGGUGAAGAAUUCGGUUGUUUAGGAGUCAACGUUGAUGGAACUUAUGAUGGUGAUAGUGGAGAUUGGGAUACAUCGGGAGGUUUCGAUAGGUUGAGAGGCAAUGGAGAAAGAGAUGGUGAUAGUGGAGAUUGGGGUACGCCAGGAGGUGUUGGAGAUGGUGAGGGUGGAGAUUUGGGUAGGUUAGGAGGCGAUGGUGAUUUAGAAGGUGAGGAUGAGGGUGGAGAGUUUGGUGAGUCAGGAGGCAACAGUGAUAAAGAUGAUGGUGUGGAUGAGGGUGAAGAUUUUGGUGGGUUAAGAGCUAGCGGUGAUGGAGAUGGUAAUGGUAAUGGCAAGGCUGGAGAUGUAGGUAGUCUAGGAGGUAACUGUGGUGGAGAUGGUGAUGGAGGAGAUAGUGAUGCUCUAGGAGGUAAUGGUGAUGGGGAUGGGGAGGAUGGUGAUGGUGAUGAUGGAGAUUGGGAUAUGCCAAGAGAUAAUGGUGAUGGAGAUGGUGAUGACAAGGGUGAGGAAUUCGGUAGUUUAGGAGUCAACGUUGGUGGAACUUCUGAUGGUGAUGGUGGAGAUUGGGAUACGCCGGGAGGUUUCGAUAGGUUAAGAGGCAAUGGAGAUGGAGAUGGUGAUGGUGGAGAUUGGGGUACGCCAGGAGGCGAUGGAGAUGGUGAGGGUGGAGAUUUGGGUAGGUUAGGAGGCGAUGGAGAUUUAGAAGGUGAGGAUGAGGGUGGAGAGUUUGGUGAGUCAGAAGGGAGCAGUGAUAAAGAUGGUGAGUGUGGAGAUGGGGAUACUCUAGGGGGCAAUGAUGAUUGA